ACUUUAUGGUACUUCUCCUUCCUCGGGCAAGCAUUACAUAGAUCCAAUAUAUUUUGAUAUUGAUUUGAUUUUUGGGUUCUACGCAUACUAUUCGAAAUGGGAAUCGUCGGUAACCUCAGGCCAGACCAGCUAGAGUUCUUCAACUCUCGAGGGUAUCUCGUGGUUGAAUCGUUUGCGAGCACUGAGCAGAUUGGGGCUCUGAGGAAGAGAAUACACCACUUGCUCGAUAAGUUUGACUGCUCCACUGCCUCUAUUUUUUCAACUAAAAAUCAGCAACAGUUAACUGAUGAUUACUUCUACGAGAGUGCUGAGAAUAUCUCCUUUUUCUUUGAAGAAAAAGCAUUUGGGGAUGAUGGAAACUUAAAGCAAUCAAAGGAACUUUCCAUUAACAAAGUUGGGCAUGCAUUGCAUGAGUUUGACCCAGUUUUUAAAGAGUUCUCUUCUUCUGGGAAGUUUUCAAGCACACUAUUCUCGUUGGGCUAUAAGAGGCCAGUCGUCAUUCAGUCUAUGUAUAUUUUUAAGCAACCUGGAAUUGGAGGUGAAGUAGUGCCACAUCAAGAUAACUCAUUUAUUUAUACUGAACCAGCAAGUUGUGUUGGUCUUUGGCUAGCUCUAGAAGAUGCAACAGUAACAAAUGGCUGCCUUUGGGCCAUCCCAGGGUCUCAAAAAAAAGGACUUGUUAGAAGGUUCAUCAGGGGUGAAGAGGGAGUAUCCUUUGACAAGCUUUCUCCAUGCUAUGACCAGAAAGAAUUUGUGCCUAUCGAAGUCAAAGCUGGAUCUUUGGUUGUCCUUCAUGGUGACCUUAUCCAUCAAAGUUUUGAAAAUCAGUCUCCAAAAUCAAGGCAUGCUUAUAGCUUGCAUGUGGUUGAGACCGAUGGCUGCAAAUGGGCAAAAGAGAAUUGGAUCAGAAGAAAAGUGGAGCCUGAACCACUCUACGAGUCGUGAUCUAACUUGAUCAGGGAUUCACGGUUGGUUAGACAAAAGGCUGUGAAGUGUACCACUGGCAAAAUUGACAUUAGUUGUCGCAUUCUCUGGUCUCGAACUAAUAAGAAAAUAGUCAGGAAAAAGGAAAGAGAAUCAACAUUUUGAUAUGGUUGCUUUCCUUUAUCAAUAGUUGCCACCUGUUGGUCUAAUGCUCUUGUUUGGAAUGUGAUUUGCUGUUUAUUUUGUGAAUGUUCCGGGAUGAAGUGGCUUUUAACAAACGCAUCCCCAUGCACAGAAAUACAACUGAGAAGCCAAA